AUGGGCGGCGACUUGCAGCCGGUGCUGGGCCGCCAUGUGGCCCCGGAGAUGUGCCCAGGCCCGGAGCUGAAUCGCUGCGACCAGCACCGUGGCAUUCCGCUGCUUUGGCAGGCCCUGACGACGGCGCGGCCGGUGGAUGAGGCCGGCGAUGUCAGCGCUGCUAUCGGCUUGCAUGGUCGCGUUCUGGCGUCCCUGGGCGGGGACAAGUACGGCACGUGGGACGGCGAAAUGACGUCCUUCCGCCAAUUCUCCACCCACAACCCGCUGCAGGUCGGCAACGUCACGUACGGCAUCCAGGGCGCCGCAUCUGCCACCGCAAACGUUCAGACUGACAGACACGGCGCGAUGUGGGACGUUUCGGAGGCAUGCGUCGACCGCCCCGCCUCGAGCAAGCUGCCCCCCCGGUGUUCCAUGUCCAUCUUCAAGAUGGACACGAAUCGCACCGGACUCGUGUCCGAAGACGGCGAACGAUUCGUGUGGAAACUCGUCGCGCGAUUCACGCACGGCGUGCCCCCUGAGCCCGGCAGCACGGGUCCGCGGGCGAGCAUUUGCAGGCCACAGCUGCUGUUUGGCAGGUCGCCGUACCCCGUCGUGCUGUGCACAGACCCGAGGCCGGCCGCCGUCUUCAUCCCGUUUCAGCGAGGCGGGACCCCGCGUGCCGUACCGCCCGACGGCGACGUGCAGGAGGGCGUUGCACAGUACCAGCACGUCUCCCUGCACACUCCUCCUUGCGCCCAGGUCGUCCCUCGCGACGGCGGCGCGAGGCGCGACUUCCUGCUUUCCAAAGCGACGGCUUUGCAAGGCACGAUCGAUGCGUCUGGCCCGCACGCAGACCGGCUGAUGGUGCUGCUCUCCACACACCUCGUCGCUGACGAGUUCUUGAGUGGCGUUGACGGCGCCGUCGCGGUGCCUUCGCAGGCGAUUCUGACGCUUGACAUAUCGUUCGGCUCUGACGGCCGUGAUCCCGGCGACAUGCCUCGCGCGCCGAGCACGCUGAAGGAGGCUGCCGUUGCAGUCAAUCUCCCAACAUGGUCCUCACUGCGCUCAGAAAAGACGUUCACGUCGAGGCCGGAUCUCGCCGAGGACCUUGAGGGGCUGGCUCGGCACCUGAGCAAAGCGGUGUAUCUCGGGGGCAGCAUGCAACGUUACGUUGUCGGGUACCGCGACUCGGAUGUCAUUCCGCGACUGAAAAUACGAGCGUACCUAGGCGCCAACCAAGUCGGGACAGACGGGCCGUGGAUCAAGUACCUCGACGACAUGGACAGCUUUCGCCAGAAGCCCCUGGCGUGGGACGCGCACCUGACGAAGUCGCCUGACGACGCGGAGUGGCUGUUGCUUCCGAUGAUCCUGGAGAAGAGUGCGUCACAGGCCUCGCUCGAACUGCACCAGUAUCGCCUCACGGGUGAGCAGGAUCCGCUGGGCGUCACCGGCACGGACUACGGGGCAACGAAACGCUCUUACCGCGUCCUGAUUCUGGACGACACGCUCUUCACGAGCGACCAUCGAAAGGCGGCGUCGAACCUCGGUGUGGCGGCGCUCGUGCGCUCGAACGAUCCGCUUACAGGGGUGCUCGUGGCCUACACUGGCCCAGCUGCGGACCAGGUAUUCCCGUUGAUGGCGCGUGUGUUCAUGCUGCCCAAUGAGGACCAGGACUGGUACGACCCAAGUUCUCUUGGCUUCAAAACGUUCAUCGCGCGGCUGAACCCGACGUCGAGCCAGAUCAGCGAGGUCGAUGACAGUGCCUGCCUGAACACCGCGCAAUGCCGGCCGAUGCGCAGCGGUCUCAGUUGCGAGUGGCAGCUGCUCUCCAACGACAUCAGCGACCACAUCGCGAACCAGGCCCGCGCUCAAGUCGCGCUUCUCGGGCCGGACGCAAAGGGUCGCAUCUUCUUCGUCGGUCCCCAGGAGGUGCGCGUGUUGGGCAAGUACACCGAUCUCGGAUGUGGAUUCAGCGAGCCGACUGAGCGUCUCCACUGGGUGCCUGUCACGCGCGUUGGCACUCGCUUCGUCCGAACGAAGCAGGGUGGCGAGGUCCUGUUGUCGAAUCCGUUGUGGUCGGAUGACAAUCCUCUGCACACGUGGUACUACUCCCAGGGGUUCAUCCACGAGGGCAUCCUUCAUCUCGCGGUCGCGUAUCGCGACGAGUCUGACGCAUUCGGCCACCCGGUUCGGACCAAGCUCUUGCGCUUGAGCUCUAUCACGGAGGGCCAGAACGCCGAAGGUCGGCAGGCCUCCCGUGAGGGCACCACAAUCAAGCCGCGUCUUGCCUUCUAUACAAGUGCGUGGGAGGAAAUUGGGCCUGUCGACCCGUGCGAUGGCAGGUUCUGCGGCGCCAAGAUGGGGCACGACGAGGUCACAGGAGAAGCGACGAACCCGGAGGACCUCGAAUACCGCUUCGCACCGUUCACAAUAAGUGAGGGCUUCCUGACGGGGAUCUGCUGCGGCCGUGCAUGGGUGCGCGACCUGUCCGGCAUCGUUUGGCCCUCCGAGAUCGCAGCCGCCUCUCGCGAGGCUUCGGCUCGACGCACACUGGCAUCGCGUGGCAACAUGGUUGCUCCCGGACUCACGAGGGCGAGCUUCUCUUCACGGGGCGGGGCCUCUGGCGAUGACGAUGCUCCAGGACUUCGCAGGUGGACGCCCGAGAGGCUUAAGGCGAAGGUGAAUGCGGGGCGACGAACGGUGGCCAGGUCCACACGUCGCGCGGCGACUGCCGCGUUCAACGUCACGUGCAACGGAACCGCCGUGAACGGCACUUGCGGCGCCCCUCCCAUCAACGGCACGUCCACGGUCGUCGGGCGGGAAUCGAACAAUGACCCCCUGGCCAACAGUAAGCUGGUCGUCUACGUGCCGCCGGUCCACACGGCGAUCCUGCAGGGCGCCGCGAUGCUGAAGACUCGGAAGUUCUGCGACAAGUUCCCGAGGCCCCCGCCCACCGCAGACCCGCUUCUGGGGGGCCUGUUCCAACCUGGCUACAACGCUCGCGGGACCUACCAGGCCCCCCCGAUCGACUUCUCGCAGUGCGACGAGUGCGGUAUGCAGGCGUACAUGCUGCUGGUGGAGGAGUUCUACCAGCAGCGCACCGGUGCGGAGGAGGGCGACUAUGAGGACGCGCUGCUGUCGAACUGGUACCUUGACUGGGUGCGCGAAGACAAGGUGCUCAGGGACGUCCCGUGCGCCGACGAGGACCUCGACGUGCGCACGCGGUGGGAGAUCGAGUGCGACCCCACGCGCGAGGACUGCUCGCGGGCGUCGACGCGCGCCGCGGUCUCGCUGACCAACAAGGGCCUCCCCGACUUUGGAAGGAGCUGCGCCCCGGGUGUCUGCACGUUCAUCGCCGACCACGCACGCGGCAACGUGCGCAUCGCCGACGUCGACACCACGGAGGACGCGCUGCUCGUCGACGACGAUUGCCGCGUUGUGGACGUGAGCGUCGAGGUGGACAUCGAACACAGCAACGUGCGGGACCUCGAGAUCGCGCUCGUGGCCCCGUGGGGCGCCUCGGUGGUGCUUCAAGACGAGACGCGCUUGCCCGAGGAGCUUGUGCAGCUGCCCUCGUACGACCGCACCAUCUUCUCGGACCAGGCGACGGCUUCCACUCGCGACGCCGACUUCGGGGCGAAUUUCAACCUGGCGUUCCGCGGAGUGUUCCAGCCUCUGCAGCCCCUCGGUCUCCUCAUCGCAGCAGCGUCGGGGUCCGCGUCUGGACUGGGCGCCGACGUGUCGGCGCGCAAGGUGAGGAGCCUGCUACGGACACUCUCGGACGGCGGCGGACUUCCGAAUGCACGCGGCGAGUGGAAGCUUCGCGUGGUGGACAGGGCGAGCGGGAGCGAGGGAGUCAUCGAGGGCUGGAAACUGGAACUCAAGUGUGCCGCACUGAGUUGCCCCGGCACGACCGCGAACGACACUUGCACGUUCGAGCGCCGGGGCCUCUCGACGCCGAUCGCCGAGGCGACGGUCCUUAGCCCCACGUACACGCCAGACGCCAUCUACAUCCACAACACGCAGUGCCGCGUGUCCGACAUCGAGGUCGUGGUCGACAUCACGCAUGACUACAUGGGCGACUUGCAUCUCUGGCUUGCGUACUUCAGGCUGGAGCCCGGCCACGUGCCGCGCUACGUGCGUCUGUCGCGGGCGCGGGGAGGUGCAGGGAACGGCUACUUUGGCGUGGUAUUCGACGACCAGGCCGCGAGCUCCAUCGCUGGGCUCGGAGACGUGCUCGAUCAGUUGACCGGCGCGUUCAAGCCCGAGGACGCGUUCAACUUUUUCAGGGGUGAGCCGGCGCAGGGGACGUGGUCGCUCAUCGGCGCCGACUUCGCGCCGUCUGACGUGGGCGAGAUCAACGCCUGGCAGCUGCGCUUGCACUGCGGCGGCCCCAGCAAGCCCGAGUUCGACCUGACGGGCAAUGCCGCAGAGAUUGAGGCGUUCCGCAGGGAAUACCACGCGUUCCGGGCAGCAGUCGGCGAUGGUGUCGACAUCCCCGACUACCCCGGCGAGGGCCGGCACGUCGCGGAGGCGCUGAACCUUGAUGUCGGGUCUGACGUCUUCCAGGUCGAGGGCGGCACGUGCACGAUCAAGCGGUUCGCAGCCCUGGUGGACGUGUCGCACUCCUUCAUCAGCGACGUGAGGGUGUGGCUGGAGACCCCGUCCGGCCUGAGCCUGGACAUUGCAUCGAACGUUGGAAACGACGGACAGGGCUUCCGGCCAGUGCUGUUCACGGAUUUCGCCGACGUGCCCAUCGGCGAUGCGGUUCCCACGCCCGAAGGCUCUGUCGCGGGCGUGUACAGGCCCUUCGCCUCGUUCGCCAUGGUGACGGGCGAAACGGCCGUUGGCCGAUGGGUGCUCCGGAUCGGUGAUUACGCAAGGUUUGAUGUCGGGCGGCUCAACAAUUUCGAGCUGAUGGUAGAUUGCGAGGAGACGCCAGCGAUCUUCAGGGCCUCGUUGCCGCCUCUCGGGGCAGCGAUCCCCGCGCUCAGCCCAGGCGAGCAACAGGGAGAUGCAGCGGCACAGAAGCACAUGAAGGUGUCCAUCGUUGUGCCGCCUGAAGCCUUCAAUCGGACCUGCUUCGUGGCGAAUGUUCGUAUGCGGCUGACGAUCGAUCACCCGGGUCUGGAGAACAUCACUGUCGCCGUGCGAAAGGACCCUCCGAUCGUGCGCGCAGACGGCAAUUCGUCGGGGGCCGCUCCCACCUCGACCCCGGGAUCAUCAAGGCCUGCGGAAGCGGGAGGCGCGUCGAUGCGCCUGUUGCUCAGCGCGCCCCCGGCAAACGGCACGAACUCGGCAAGUCCCACUUCGCCAGCUGCCACAAAUGCAUCCCUCGCGGGGCAUUCUGUCUCAGCGAAGUACAUGCAGCGCGCCGCCGUGAAGGGCACAGCCAUACUGUUCCAGGGCUCACCUGACGGUGCGGGCUACGGCGGGCUUUCUGAUGUGGUUUUCUCCGACGUAGCGAACAGGGGCAUCGACGCGCCUCAGGAGGACGCGAACAUGAUCACUGGCGUGUACGCUCCCGUGACAGAACUUGGAGAAACCUUCCGAAACUUCCCAGGUCGCGGGGUCUGGGAGCUGAUCAUCUCGAGCAGCAGCACCCUGCUAGGACGCGUCGUUGCGGCGGACUUACUGCUUCAAUGCCGAGACGAGCUGCGUGCCCAGGAGUCUGAAGCACCCCCGGGUGUCGUCACGAGCUCCGCAGUCGACCUCCCGAAGCCCAUCCCGGAUAUGGUGUCGUCGGCGGGGUUCAGCAGCAUCACGGUGUCGGAGGGCCUGCUGGACCCCGCGUGGAACGGCUCCUGCACGGUGCACGACGUCUCUGUUCACGUCGUGCUCUGGCACUCGUACCUCACGGACCUGCGCAUGAGCCUCAGCGCGCCGGAUGGCACGACCGCCUCGCUGUUCACGCACAUCGCGAAUGGCUUCCAUGGCGUCGCGGACUUGCACCUCAACUCAUCUGCGUCGAGCGCGUCGAUCCAGGACGUGCAACGAACGGGGUUGACGGGCACAUUCCGUCCGGAACGGUCUUUCAGCGCGUUCUUCGGCGCGGAUGCGCUCGGAGGCAAUUGGUCGAUCAACGUGUACGAUGACGCAUCGGGAGACGCAGGCAUCUUGAAAGCGUUCACCCUGCGGAUCACGUGCUCCGAGGGCAUCAUUGUGGACGAUGCUCGAGAUGGAUCGGCCACUUCUCCCGUGCCGACACCUGCAGCUGGGACAACGACGGGGGCUACUGUCCCAUUCACGGGCAGGCUCCCUGUAGCAGUACCAGACUUCGACGAGCACGGUGUCGACCUUCGCAUCGUGACUGAAGCGAGCACAUUUGGCGGUAGCGGCUGCGUGAUCGACGCCGUGGAAAUCCAGCUCCUGAUCGCCCACACGUACUUUUCGGAUUUGCGGGCAGUGCUGGUGUCGCCUAGCGGCACUGAGGUCACCUUGUUCAGCGAGAUGAGGUACAGCGGACGGGGUUCAUACCUCGUGACGCUACGCGACGGGGCCUCGAGCCGGCUGCAGGACGCAGCCCGCAUCUCGACUGGCGCCUACAGGCCUUCGACGCCGUUCGCGGCCUUCGCUGGGGAGCGCGGCACAGGCGCGUGGCGGAUCAAUAUCGCCGAUGUAGUACAAGCGGACGUGGGAUCGGUCAGCGCGUUCAUAUUGAAGAUCGACUGCCUGGACGGUGGUCCGACGCCACUAUCGGGGACGACGGUGCCGCCCACGGCAAGCUCUGCUGCUGCAGCGCCGACGCUGCCUUCUUCUGGAGCAGUCGGCGCUUCUGGGGGGCUGCUGACCUUCUCUGGCAGUCUCCCCGUGCGUAUCCCGGACCUUUCCGGGGUCGAGCUCAGCAUCGAAACUUCUCCAAGUACGUUUGGCGGUAACGGCUGCACGUUGAGCGAAUCGGCUGUUACCGUUGAGUUGACGCUCACGCACGAGUUCUGGAAUGAUCUGACAGCAGUUCUGACAUCUCCAGCUGGCACGAAUGUCGUUCUUUUCAGUCGCAUGCCAUUCAACGGCCAAGGGACGUCCUCGGUGACGCUGCGCGACGGAGCGGCGAGCCGGUUGCAGGACCAGACCAGCCUGCCAGCGGGGGCGUACAGUCCGGUGGGGUCGCUCGCGAGCCUGGCCGGCGAGAGCGCGUUGGGUGGGGCCUUCAGGCUACGGAUGAUGGAUGUUGCCAGGGCGGACGUGGGGCGCGUUGAUGCAUUUGGCGUGCGUGUGGUUUGUUCGAUCGCUGCAACGUCUGCGCCGGGCAUCACGCCGUCUUUUACCGACACGGCGGCGCCAACGACGCAGCAGCCGGCAUCUCCCGGACCACUGACGUACUCCGCCGCGGCAACAACACUGCCCUCGUCUGGCGGCCUGCUGGUCUUCAACGGCCCGCUUCCGGUUUCGAUUCCCGACGACGAUAGCACGGGCAUCAGUCUUGGUAUCACAACUACGGCGAGCACUUACGGCGACGUUGGCUGCGUGGUGGAGGCGGUCGAGGUGGUUUUCUCGCUUUCGCACAGCUUCUGGGCUGAUUUGGCGGCUAUUCUGACCGGCCCUGACGGCAGGCAGGUGCGACUGUUCUCUCGGAUCGGGUAUUCAAGGGGCGGGACGUCCACGGUGACGCUGCGCGACGGGGCGGCCAGCCGGCUGCAGGAUCAGCGAAGCCUUCCCGCGGGGUCGUAUCGCGCGAUGGAUUCGCUGCGAGGUCUCGCGGGAGGGACAGCGGAAGGGACCUGGACGAUGCGCGUGAUGGAUUUGGCCUCUGCGGACGUCGGGCAAGUCAUGGCGUUCAGCAUACGCGUCACGUGUCAGCAGGGGGGCGCGACGGCGCCUGCGCGGACAACGACGACGACGGCAGCAUCGACCACGCCAGCAGCAACAACCACGGGUCCCCCGGCAACAGUUGCCCCGACGCCGACGGCUGCACCCGCGACCACAGUGGCGCCACCCGCAACGACAGCAGCGGCUCCCACCACGACCGCCGCCGCGGCAACAGCACUGCCCUCGUCUGGCGGCCUGCUGGUCUAUACUGGCCCGCUUCCAGUUUCGAUUCCCGACGACGAUAGCACCGGUGUUGUCCUCGACAUCUCGACGGCAGCGAGUACGUUCGAUGGCGGGAGCUGCGUGGUGGACGACGUCGCCAUUGAUUUCACGCUUUCGCAUACUUACUUCAAUGACAUCGUGGCCGUCUUGACCUCACCGGCCGGCACGUCCGUGCUGCUCUUCAGUCGAAUGAGAUUCAAUGGUCAAGGAACGUCCUCGGUGACGCUGCGCGACGGGGCGGCCAGCCGGCUGCAGGAUGAACAGAGCAAGCCUGCGGGGCCGUACCGUGCUGUUACGUCGCUCAGAGCAGCCCUUGGUGGGGAGAGCGCGGUGGGGGGCGCCUUCAGACUUCGCGUGAUUGAUGCGGCCUCUGCUGACGUUGGCCAGAUUCAUGCAUUCCGCGUACGUGUUGCCUGCCAGAUCGCUGCGACGACGACAGCGGCGCCUACCACCACGGCGGCACCGACCACGACGGCGGCGCCUACCACCAUGGCGGCACCGACCACGACGGCGGCACCGACCACGACGGCGGCGCCCACCACGACGGCGGCGCCCACAACGACGGCAGCACCGACCACGACGGCGGCGCCUACCACGACGGCGGCGCCCACAACGACGGCAGCACCGACCACGACGGCAGCACCCACCACGACGGCGGCGCCCACAACGACGGCAGCACCGACCACGACGGCAGCACCGACCACGACGGCGGCGCCCACAACGACGGCAGCACCGACCACGACGGCAGCACCCACCACGACGGCAGCACCGACUACCACGGCAGCACCGACCACGACGGCGGCGCCCACAACGACGGCAGCACCGACCACGACGGCAGCACCGACACCGCCCCCAAUCUCGGUUGCAGACGUGGCGUACUCGGGGACUCUGCCGCGUGCAAUUCCCGACAACGCGGUCACGUAUCUGAGCAUUUUUACAUCAGUCAACGACUUUAAUGGGAGACGCUGCGCCGUAGACGUGGUCAGAGUCUCGCUGACGAUUAAACAUGCGCGCUGGAAGGACCUCUCGCUCACCCUGAGGUCGCCAGACAACACCCAGGUUCGCCUGCAUCAGGCCGGGGGCGUAGACUACGCAGGCGGUGGCGAGGGCGCCGUGACGUUCAGCGACGCGGGCUCCACCUUGUUCGCGAGCGAGGACUCCUUGCCGUGGGGGACGUACCGGCCUUACGACCCGCUCGGAUACCUGGGAUGGGAUAAUGGCGUCGGUACGUGGUCCUUGCGCGUAGAGGACACUGCGGAAACGAAUUUGGGCUCGAUUGAGGCUUUCAGCUUGCUCAUCAGGUGCCAGCUCGUCGAGGCUUCCAAGCCUGCCGACAAGGGCACGAUUUCCGCGUCAUCGCUCCCCACCAGCAUCCCCUCGUACGCUUGGCGGAUCAGGUCGAUCACAGUCUCAUCCCCUGCGUGUACCGUACGGCGGCUGAGGGUCCAGUUUGACAUCGGCCACUCGCGAUGGGCAGACAUGAUCCUCUACAUCCAGGCGCCCAGUGGCUUGCAGCGCACUGCCUUCUACAAGGUCGGCGGCACCAGUAACGCGCGUAGUGGCGUCGUAACCCUAGACUCGGACGCGUCCACGAGCGUUCAGUCCAGCUCCUUUCCGCGCGGCACGAGACGUCCUCGGGAACACUUCGGCGACUUUACUGGCGAGGACGCUGUAGGCACGUGGCUGUUCAAGGUCCUCGACACGAGAAGCGGAUACGACGGGGCGCUAUACGCAGCGAAACUCAUUAUAGAAUGUAUGUGA